AUGUUGAUUGUACACGGAGUUUCUAGUGCGCAGAUUACUGAAGACACCCCAAUGGCCGUCAAGCCUCAAAAGAAUACGAAAAAACGGACAAAAGUGGACAAGAGAACUGGCACCGGUGACAAGGCAAGGAAUAGAAAGACAGGCUCUGUCAAAAAAGAGAAAGUUCAGCCUGCCAUUGGCUCUUUCUCCCCGACAACAGCUCCAGAUUCUCAAACACCACUUAAGUCUCAGGAAGGCUCUUAUCUCGAAGAGCCACUGCUGCAACAUCAAAGUCAGAUUUUUGUCUUCUCAACACAGCUGGCCAAUGAAGCAGCGGAAAGUGUGAAAUGUGGUCACUGCAAGAACAUAAUUCACUAUCACAUGGAGCAUCCCAACACCAAGCAAUUUAUGCAG